AUGGCAACAGCAGCCUUUUCGACGCGCGCGGUCCUUCGCGGCGCAUCAAAAGCAGCAGUUCCCAAGAAGACCUCGCUCGCGUACCAGAUGCACAAACAAUUAUAUCCACAUCUCUACGCCCAGAAUCAAGACGCCGCGGCCGCACCCACAGAUGCUAUUCCCGAAGCCUCGAGGCAAUUGACCGAAUCGAAAGUCUCCAGCAUUCUGGAAAAGGAGCGAGCGAGCCGCAAGGCCCCAUGGAGCAAGAAAGACACACCAUCUAGUCGAUUCUCCGUGCUGCCAUCACGGACAAAACGCCACACCUCCGGCAUCGUCCUCCACCCCGCCAAACCCUCCAUCCACAAGCAAUGCCCGGACCCCAUCGCCACCGUCACAACCUCUUCGAUCGCGCAGCUCGACCCCACGGGAGCCCGCACGCGGCUCUUCGCAAAGACGAACCCGGAAGGCGCCCGCGUGGGCGACAUCCUGCUGGUGCGGCAGCGCACGGGCGACCCCUUCGCCGGCGUGUGCAUCAACAUCCGGCGCCGGGGCGUCGACACGGCGAUCCUGCUCCGCGGGCAGCUCACCCGCGUCGGCGUCGAGAUGUGGUAUAAGGUGUACUCGCCGCUGGUGGAGGGCAUCGAGGUGGUGCAGAGGGCGAAGAAGCGGGCUAGGAGGGCGAGGUUGACGUUCAUGCGGACUGUCAAGCAUGAUCGGGGAAGCGUGGAGAACGUCACGAGGAUUUAUCUGAGGCAAAAGGCGGCGUUGGGAUCCGCGGACGGGAAGAAGAAGGCGGGUGCUGUUGGGGCGGCGAAGGGCGGGAACCGUAGGGGCAAGAAGAGGUAG